CUAUGUUACGUCACACUACGUACGGUUACACUAUGUUACCUUAUGCUAUGUUAUGUUACAGUACGUACGGUUAUGCUGUGUUUCCUUACACUGUGUUACCUUAUGCUAUGUUACGUCACACUCCUUAAGGUUACGCUGUUACCUCAUGCCAUGUUACGUGAAACUACGUAUGGUUACACUAUGUUCCCUUCCAAUACUACGUAAGGUUACGUUAUGUUAAUUGAUGCUUAUGCUACGUUAUGUCAUACUAUGUAAAGUUACGCUAUGUUACCUUAUGCUAUUUUAUUUUAUGCUAUGGUAUGGCGCUACGUUGUGUUACUUUACAUCCUUACAUUGCACAGUACUCCACCAUUUUAUAUGACUUUAAUGAAAUACCUGUAUCUAGUUUAGCUUAUGCUAGGUGUGUUUGAACAUGUUAAAUUGAGCACACAUGCAAUGAACCUUUCAUCUUCACUCACCUUACCUCUUUCAUGUGAUGUUAUCUCUUCUAUAUCGUAUUCAUUGAUCUGGAGCGGCGGCCCAAAUGGUUUCCUUCCCAGUCAAAUCUUCUUGCUGACAACAAUUUUUCCAAAUGGCUGUAAGAGAGGCGGAACAGACCAGAGGUCGUUAAAGUCCAGGAUGUCAACAUUUCCAAAACAGAGUGUCUGCACCACUAAAGGAGGCCCCGACAAAGAGAGGAGAUGCUUUGUGGGCGACAGGAAGGCCGACGGGAACACAGUGGACUUCAGUGUGGCAGCAGGAGGGCACCACCACCAUCAACAAGAACGGGAACCACCAAACGCCACCCACCCAUCCACCACAACCUGAUGUAAACAAAUACAUCACAGCAGUGAGCAUGACGGACGCGCUUUUACACAACGGCGUGAAGGAGGUUCGAGGAGACGGGAACUACUUCAGGAAGGGUUGCAACCCGUUCGCCCAGACAGGCCGCAGCAAACUGCAGAACAAGCGAGCCAGUCUCAACCAGCAGAUCAUCAAGCAGAUGAGGAUGCGGGCCGGGGCCGAGAACCUGCUCAAGGCGACCUCCAACAACAAGGUCAAAGAGAUGGUGAUGCUGGAGCUGAGCUACGUCAACUCCAACCUGCAGCUGCUCAUGGGACAGCUGGAAGGACUCAACAGCUCCGUGGAGGUCUACCAGAGCAGCCAGGAAACUACCAACAUUCCGCUCAUCGCCCUGGGUCUGAAGGAGACGAAAGAAGUCAACUUUUCGACGUCAUUUAAGGAUUACAUCGUUUCGCAUUACAACGAAGAUGGCACGAGCUUCGAGGACGAGAUCGCCGACCUGAUGGACUUGCGGCAGGCAUGCAGGACGCCGAGCCGUACCGAGGUGGGGGUGGAGCUGCUGGCAAAAUACUUCAACCAUCUCCCUCUGAUAGAGAGUCGAUUCUUCUCGCAGUCCCAUCACAGUGGCCUCUUCUUCACGUGGUAUGACUCCUUCACAGGCGUUCCCGUGUGCCAACAAAACAUGUCCCUGGAGAAGGCGAGCAUCCUCUUUAACAUCGCCGCCCUCUACUCCCAGAUCGGCACACGGAGCAACCGGCAGACCUCGCUUGGCCUAAAGGAGGCCAUCUCUGCCUUCCAGAAGGCUGCAGGCAUCCUCAACCACCUGAAGGAGACCUUCACCCACACGCCAAGCUAUGACAUGAGUCCAGCCAUGCUGGCCAUGCUCAUCCGCAUGAUGCUGGCUCAGGCUCAGGAGUGUCUCUUCGAGCAGCUGGCUCUUCCCGGCGUUCGCAACGAGGUCCUGACCCUGCUCAGGAUGGCCCAGGAGGCUGCCAAGGUGUCGGAAAGCUACGACCACGUGCAUCAGUCCAUGAUCCAGACGCCGGUGAAGGACAACGUGCCCUUUUUCUGGUCCACCAUGUCUCAAGUGAAGACCAAUCACUACCGCUCCAUGGCGCACUACUUUGUGGCCUCAGCCCUUCUGGACCAUCAGGUGGCUCCCACCGAUGAUGAAGACCAGCAGGAGAAGACCUUGUCUCAAGUGUACGAUCACCUCCCUGAAGGAUGCUCUCCUCUGGACAUCCUGAAGAAGAGAUCGGAGCGUGAGCGAGUCGGUCGAGCCCACAUCCGCCGUGCCAUCACAGGCCACGAGGAGGCUUUGAGGAUCCACUGCUUGUGCCACCACCUCAACAAGCUGGAGGUCCUGCACGACAUCCUGAAAGCCAGCCACCAGCGCUCCCUGCACAAGUCCAGCGAGAACCAGAGUGAGGAGGAGUUUCCAGACUACUUGGUGGCGCCGGACAUUAUCUCUAAAACCGAACACCAAGCAGAGCUGGAGGUUCCUGCUGCCAUUAAGGUGAAAGUCAGCGACUUUUUCCAGAGGCUGGGUCCUCUGUCCGUCUUCUCUGCCAAGCAGCGCUGGACGCCACCUCGGACGCUGUGCCUGCGCACUGAGGACCGAGACCUGGGUUUCACACUGAAGGGGGACGCCCCAGUCCAGGUGGUUUCGUUAGACCCCCUCUGCCCUGCUGCUGCCGACGGGCUGAAGGAGGGCGACUACAUCGUGGCUGUGGGCGACACCUCUUGCAAGUGGAUGAGCGUGGGCGAGGUGAUGCGGCUGCUGAAGGACGUGGACGAGCAGGGCGUCGACAUCCAGGUGGUCAGCAUGCUGGACAGCAACCCCACAAUGCCCGCCAAGAGUGCCACCUUCUGCGGGAACCUCCCCAAGACCUACUCCAUGAUUUGUCUCGCCUACGACGACGACGACAAGAACCCCAAGUCCCGCAAGGUCAGCAAGAAGUCGUCCUUCCUCAGCUGGGGCCUGAAGAACAAGAUGAAGAGCGCCAGCACCAUCAGCCUCCCCACGGCCGAGCAGUCCUGGAACAAGCCCUGUCCCACCUUCCCCAGCUCCUACAAGGACGGCAUCCUCUACUGAGCCCCCUCAGCGGACCCGCCGAGGGAGCGAGCAGCGGUCUUACCCUAAAUGUCCGUGCUGACACGCUGGAUGGCAGCUGGCGGUGGAUGCCGGUGUUGGUACACUGGUGCCCCCCCAGUGCACAACCGUCUCAUGCAGUGUCAACUAACACAAUGUACUAGUACUGUGCCAGCACCGUGGGGAAAACCACUUCUCUUAUAUAUCUCGUAUAUUUAUACACAUAUCCCAAGAUGACCUCCUCUGCCUUCAACCAGGCUUCAGCCAUGCACUGUACAGUCCAAGGUAAUCCUUAACAACCUGCAGUACUGAUCAGUGUCAUGCUUAACCUCAGUGCUGAUUGAAGAGAUACUCAUUAUAUCUCCUUUCUUUUAUGUGGGGGGAAAAUUUGAUGAAUGCAAUUGUUGUAUACGCUGCUAAAAGGUUACAUAUUUGCCUUGUUUUUUUUGUUUUUUGUAUAAUCACCUUUUUAAAUGUGAUACAGCCAUGAAAGGGAUCAUUUUGGAAGUGCCUGAAGAAGCCUGCGCCAUGUACUGUAGUAACACUGAGUUCCUCGAGCGAGUCACUGUUACGCUGCAAAGGAUACAAGCUGCAAACAAGGCAAAACCGCCGUGAUAAGAUACACCUAGUGACGAGAUGAUUUGACGUCUUUUCCUGCAGCCCUGAUCAGUUCUUGAAAUACAUUUAAACAAAUAUCAGAACGUAACCUUUUCCUAUCAGCCGGCCAGCUGAUCCACUAGCUUCAUUUGGCACAACUUUCCAACUCAACUGAGAAUAUCCCAGAUUCCGAAGCCGACCAGUCAGUUAUUGACGCAUCCCACGCACGGUCACCUGUAGUCAACGGCAAAAGUCGCUAUCCAGCUUGUGCUAACGUUACUGACAACUUGCUUGAUUUUUGCAGUAUGUUGUCCCUUAAACAUGCAGCUCUGGCUUAUUCGGAUCCCGAAAAGCUGACAUUUUUUGUUUUAUUUUUGUUUUUGCUUUGUGCCUAGGACACAAUAAAAAGCAAUAUAUGAUUUGAUGGUUUUGCCGCAUGUACACCAGUCAUGUCACUAAAUGAUGACAAUGCCUUCAUAUUUAAGGUAUUACUCAAUAGCUCACCCACGUCUGUCCCCAUUGUGUGUGUGUGUGUGUGUGUGUGUGUGUGGCCUUGGGGAGGUCCCAGUACACGUUCGAGAGACUCCAACUCCAGUCUCUCAACUGGCCCGGGAAGGCCUCUGGACCAGCCGGGAACCAGCUUAGGCUGCUGACCUGGGAUAAGCUGGAGAAGAUGGAUGGUGUGUGUGGGAAAAAAAUGGCAGGUUAUUUUGUGUCCAAAGUGGGAAUAGUCCCGGACGGUCAAUGAUGGAAAGACUGCAGCAGCCAUGUUUGACUUGCCACUAUAGGUGCUGACACUUUUCUGGUGUUAGACUUUUUAUUUUAUCUACAAAGUAGAUUCAUGUACACAUUUGAUAAUCAAAUUAUUUAUGUAAUAAAAAAAAUACAAAUAUAUGUAUGAUUGUAGUCAUUUGUGAAUGGAAAGUUGUGAAUUAUUUUGCACGUUGGAUGUCUCGGAGGAAUGUAUUUUACUAGUCUGGUCGUUCCUGGUACAUUUUGUCUUUGAUGUAAGAUUGUUGUGACAUGUUCUUUACGGUUUAAUGUCAUAUUUAGUGCCAUUUAUGCUCCACCGUGACGGAGGAUGUGCUAAACAAAAGUUCUUGCUUUCUGUGGUGUUAUUGAUCAUCUGGAAAUUCUUGCUGUCAAUCUUAAUAAAACAAAGGGGACCAAAAA